AUGCCAAACAAUUUUGAAGACAAUUACGACAUGUUGCAGGAUCAUGAUGAUUUCAUGCUUCCAUCUUUAUCUCAAAUCAAUCAAUGGCUGGCGGACAAUAUUCAACAACGCGGGUCGCCUAUUUCAAUUAUUCAGACAUCGGAACAGUCCAAUCUGCCUCCUUCAACUACUCAAGAUCAGCAACUCGGCAAGGAAGAUACUGAUUUGGCUCAAGAUGGGAAACACAGCCAGCAAGUUGAUGACAAGAAGAUCAAGAUCAAUGUUGAAUACAAAUUUUUCUUUAUCAUCCCUGAAGAUAAACCAACUAACCCCCGUCAGAAAAAACGAAAGGCUAGCAAUAAUGACAAAAAGUGCAAACCUCUUCCCUCCACUCCAGGUCUAGUCCACUUCAAUUGGGAUGCCAAUGUGAAGAAUCUUGGUGCCUUCAAGAAGGCUGCUAUCAAAGCCAUUGGGCUUCUUGAUGAUGAAGAGAUGGCGGCUGACGUCAUGGAACAUGCGACAGAGCAAGAAGAUGAUGGCGAGAUCAUUUGGUCAGCUACUAUUCCUCAUGGUGGUUGUUUUGCAAAUAAAAACAAGGCUACUUUGACAGACAACAAUGAUCUGUCCGACUUCCUGGACAAAUGUAAAGGGCCUUGCAAAGAAAGGCGCUUCACCAUCACAAUGAUUCAAAAGGAUCCAAAACUGUUGGCUCAGGUGGCAGCUAUGAUGGGAUGGACAACCGGUCCUUGGGCUUGGCAGGGCGGACCUCAAGCAAACAUUGCUGGUCUGAUGAAUCUCACUGAGAUUGGCACUCCACCAAAUGCGGUCCGUUCACCAAAUAUUGCACAACUGGCGGCAAGUACCCAAGAGCAACAGACAGUGCCAUUGUCUACGGUACCUUCCAAUGAUAAUCUCAAACUCAAUGAUUUCUUUCAACUUGCACAUGUGGAACCCAACCAGAACCUCUUGGAUGGUCUAGAAGAGCUUGGCAUAGCACACUACUCCCAUUUUCACAGCUCUUCGGCUAAAGACCUCAAAGACGCAGGCGUCAAGAUGGGCCAUGCCAGAAUCCUCAUGGAUAACUUGAAGAAAUACAAGCAAUACAUCAAAUCACACCACAAUGGUAACCAUGCCUAA